ACCUGUGGGGUGGAGGAAAUGGUGGUAGCCACAGAGGGUAGGCGUUUCGAUGUGAGGCUGAAGGAGAGGCGGCGUUACGCGGUGUACUGGGAGCAGCCCCCCUCGGAGGUCAGGCGCUGCUCCUGGUUCCACAAAGGAGACAAGGAUACCUCCUACACCCCUUACCCAGAGCACACCAGUCUCAUUCUGGAGGAGGCUUACAUGAUAUCAGUGACGCUGAAUGACUGGACGAGGAAGUUAGAAUUCCCCACUGGAGAAACGGUGGUGUUGCACAGCCGUAUGCUUAUGACACAGCAACAGACAAUCCCGUCGAAGUACUGGAUAAGCUUCCCCUCUGCCUCUGAGCAAAGUCGACCCAGGACCGUCAAAAGGGGGCUGGAGGGUAUUUCAAUAGAGAUACCUGAAGGAGAGCCUUACCAAGUCGACCACCUUGUCUUCAUGGUACAUGGCGUUGGACCGGCCUGUGACAUCCAGCUGCGUGGGGUCGUUGAAUGUGUGAAUGAUUUCCGCGAUGCUUCACUCAGCCUGCUGAGCAGUCACUUCAAGCAGAGCCAAGAUGGCACCCACAUGGGCCGCGUGGAGUUCAUUCCAAUCAACUGGCACCGGGUGCUGCAUGGGGACGCCACUGGAGUGGAUGAGGAUAUCCAGAGGAUCACACUGCCCAGCAUCAGUCGUCUGCGUCAGUUCAGCAACGGCACAGUGCUGGACCUGUUCUUCUACAACAGCCCCACCUACUGCAAGACCAUCAUAGACACCGUGGCCUCAGAGAUCAACCGCCUCCACCACAUAUUCCUUCAGCGCCACCCACAAUUCACUGGUGCAGUGUCACUGACUGGACACAGUCUGGGUUCUCUGAUCCUCUUUGACCUUCUGACAAAUCAAGAAAUACAUAACACAGAUGAAAAGAUAAGUAGUGUCAGCAGCCCAAGUGAAGCAACCUCCAUUAACUUUGAGAGCUUUGAGGAAACACUUAGGAAUUUCGGAUUGGGCAAGUUUUUCCAAAUGCUUACAAAGGAGCAAAUGGACUUAGAAUCACUGACUCUCUGUUCGGAGACAGACUUGAAGGACUUGGGAAUACCCUUGGGGCCUCGCAAGAAGAUCAUGUGCUUGUUGAAGAGAUGGAGAGAGAAGCAGGAAUUCAGGACAGGAACAUCCCAGACAGUUCCUGGCGUUCCAGGUGUGUAUUCCCAGGUCCAAGAACAACCAACGCUCCUCUCAGACGCCCCCUCCACCAGCCCAGUGGAUUACAAGUACUUUGACAUUGGCAUUGGCCAGGUGUCCAUUGUGUACCCUCAGCUGGCCUUCCAGCCGCAGGCCUUCUUUGCCUUGGGUUCUCCUAUAGGGAUGUUCCUAACGGUGCGCGGCCUGAAGAGGAUCGACCCCAAAUACAGCCUCCCCACCUGCAAGAGCUUCUACAACAUCUUCCAUCCAUUUGACCCGGUGGCAUUCAGGAUUGAGCCCAUGGUGGUGACUCCAGGGGUGGACCUGCCCCCAAUGCUAAUCCCACAUCACAAGGGCAGGAAGAGGAUGCAUCUCGAGCUGAAAGACAGCUUGAAGCGAGUCAGCUCAGAUCUGCUGCUCUCCAUCAGUACUCUGCGUGGUGUGUGGCAGACCCUCACCACGCUACCUGUCAACACACUGCCCCCAGUGGCCAGUGUAGGAACCACAGCUGCACUGCCACCUCAGGAGUCAGAAGGUGAGAGAUUGUUCUCAUUUAUUUAUUACUUUAGUUUUUCUCAUUGA